AUGGCGACCGGAUUCGACCGCCUCGAGAGGCUCUUCAGCUCCAAGCGCAAAGCUUCCCUGGCCUCUCUUAGGGUUACCACGUCUAUCAGUCCCCCAACAGAGCCGCAAUUUCCCUCCCCUUCCUUCAUCCGCCCGACGGCAAGUCGUAUGACAGCUCGGGAGGAGGUGCGCUCGCGACUAGCGACAGGUCGAUCUCCCUCUGUUCCAGAUGCCAUCCCCUCUCGCUUGGGCUCACUGAGCUCGCACGCCUCAAGUCCUGGCUUUGGUCCAUCGCCUAUUCGAUUGCCAUCUCUCUGCGACCCUCAUGCACAGCCAGACUCAUUAGUCGCCAAGCUUCGCGAGUAUCGCUUCAGCCCGCCGAGCCAGGAGGAGAAGGCGGUACCAGGUCCAGCGGCUUUCAGUCCUGCAGCCACAGAGCAGUUUGACAUUCCGAGUCCUCGUUCCCAAUCCCCCCCUCACCUGCCGACCUUGACCCGUCUGCAUACUCCUCCAUCACCCCGUUCGCAAGACACCGGAUCUUGUCGCCGCUCUAUCGAGAGUCCUAGGAGCCCGACCUUUCCGUACAAUACUCCGCCAACUCCAGAGGACUCACCUGAGAUUGUACCCGUGCGCAAUCUUCUCGCCGAUUCCAAGAUAUUCGACAUUGCCAUCGACAAGACCCUGUUUGAUGAGAUUGAAGACCAACUUCUCCAGUCUUUUGAUCACGCAUCGUUCAACGAAUCAUACAGCGACUCGUCUCCCUCCGAGGCUUCCUCCAACAGCUCUACGUUGCGGGAGCCUGACUUCAACGAGUUCCUGAAUCUCAGUGACGACGAUAUUGCAGAAGUGACACCUGAGGACCCAGCUCCUGAGUUUGACGACGACGCGCGGCAGUGCUCUCCAUCCUCCAUGGAUACCUCUGUUCCUUCACCCACGCCGGGCCCCUCGUCUCUGUUGACGCUGACGCCUCCGUCCACAAGCCGGCCUGCCACCGCCGCUGCCUUUGAGGCGGCCAGAAUUGCAAAGAGACAUGACUUCGACCUUAUCUAUGUUGUGAACCUUUGGCCCGGCGGACCAUGCGGCCAAAUGUUUGACCUCGAGUGUGCGAGCUCCUGCGAAAGGCCUUUGGUUGGUCGACUCUUGGCAGCGCAUGGCCUUCAUCAAGUCCCUUCGCCACUUCAAAUCUCUUCGGUUGUUCACACCACCAUCUUGCGGUCGAAGGGCUGGGUCGAGUACCGCAACCAAGAGGCUCAACCGCAUGAGCUCGCCCGUGGCUAUGCAUGCUCCUUCUACCCAGGAAAGUACACUCAGGGUAGCUCGAGCGAUAAAGAGAGUCCAGUUUCAGGAGUUCGGCUAUCGGAGAUGAUUGAUCGAGGUAUCGUGUUUGCCGCGUACAGAAAACCCAGGAUUGGACCAUGCAAACUUGGACACAGCUUUACCGGAAGUGAGCUCAAUUCGCUCCACGAGGAUGCCGAGGCCUUGGUGGAGAUGUUGAUCGAUAUCCAUGCCCGUAACCGUCAAUACCAGGCAGCUUCUCACCACCAGCUGUGCGACGAAACUGGCCCCAUGCCCAUGCAGCAGACAAAGUGGCUAUCCGCCUAG